AUGUCCAACAGCAGCUCCAUCAGCCACUUCCUCCUGCUGGCACUGGCAGACACGCGGCAGCUGCAGCUCCUGCACUUCUGCCUCUUGCUGGCCAUCUCCCUGGCUGCCCUCCUGGGCAACGGCCUCAUCAUCAGCGCCGUAGCCUGCGGCCACCACCUGCACACGCCCAUGUUCUUCUUCCUGCUCAACCUGGCCCUCAGCGACCUGGGCUCCAUCUGCACCACUGUCCCCAAAGCCAUGCACAAUUCCCUCUGGGACACCAGGAACAUCUCCUACAAAGGAUGUUCUGCACAGCUAUUUCUACUGCUCUACGGGACCCUCCUGGGCAGCAGAGCUUGUGCCCACAUGGCAGCAGCUGCCUGGGCCAGUGCCUUUCUCAAUGCUCUGCUGCACACAGCCAAUACAUUUUCCCUGCCCCUGUGCCAUGGCAAUGCCCUGGGCCAGUUCUUCUGUGAAAUCCCACACAUCCUCCAACUCUCCUGCUCACACUCCAAACUCAGGGAACAUGGAAUUAUUGUAGUUGUUGCCUCUUUAGCCUUUGGUUGUUUUGUGUUCAUGGUUUACUCCUAUGUGCAGAUUUUCAGGGCUGUGCUGAGGAUCCUCUCUGAGCAGGGAUGGCACAAAGCCUUUUCCACCUGCCUCCCUCACCUGGCUGUGGUCUCCCUGUUCCUCAGCACUGGCACAUUUGCUCACCUGAAGCCUCCCUCCAUCUCCUCCCCAUCCCUGGAUCUGGCAGUGUCAGUUCUGUACUCGGUGGUGCCUCCAUUCCUGAAGAGGAGGGAUCUUGAAAGACUGGUGAAGAACCAGAAGCCGUGGAAGUUCACCAAGUGCAUGAGGCUGCAGGAUCAGCUCCGCAGGGCAUGGAGGACACGGCCUCGUCUGUCGGGGCUUGGCUGGCUGCGCUGCUGGAGAUCUGCAGAGAGCUGA